CUGAAUUAAAUAUUGCACAAUAAUAAGAAGAAAUUGUUGUAUAAAUUAGCGAAAAACUAGUAUAUCCAAAAACAUACAAAGAAAGAAGGAUGUGCUACAAUACACCAAUCAGUGAGCUUGUCAACAAAAAUGACCUUGACACUAUUUUUCACAUGCUUUUAAAAUAGUUUGCAGAAGUUGACAGUCAGAAUUAGCAUGUCUGGUGAACAAAUGAAACAUGUAGCCGUUGUUGGUGGGGGUUUGGUAGGAUCCCUGAAUGCUUGCUUUUUUGCCAAGAGGAAAUAUAAAGUGGAUUUAUACGAAAUGAGAGACGAUAUACGUACAAUUGAGGUUGUGAAAGGACGAAGCAUAAAUCUGGCUUUGUCCUGUCGAGGGAGAGAAGCUUUAAAGCACGUUGGACUUGAAGUCGAGGUUCUAAAGACUGCUAUUCCAAUGCAUGCCAGAAUGAUCCAUGAUUUAGAUGGUACUUGCCAUCCAAUACCAUAUGGAAAGAGUGAUCAGUUUAUCAAUUCUGUUGACAGAAGGUUAUUAAAUGAAGUCCUACUGACAGCUGCAGAGAGAAACCCUCUGGUCACCUGUCACUUCAACCACAAGCUUUUGAAGUGUGAUUUUAAUACUGGUGAAUUGACCUUUUUGACCAAGGAAGGCAAAGAAGUUAAAAAUAAAGUAGAUCUUAUUGUUGGAAAUGACGGAGCUUUCUCUGCCAUUAGACGUCAGAUGAUGAAAGAUACAUUAUUGGAUUACAACCAGGAAUAUAUACCUCACGGUUAUAUGGAGUUAACAAUUCCUCCCACGUCAUCGAAUGAUUUUGCCAUGGGAGUGAACUACCUUCAUAUUUGGCCAAGGAAUGAAUUCAUGAUGAUAGCUUUGCCGAACCUGGACAAAUCAUAUACCUUAACAUUAUUUAUGCCAUUUGAAAAUUUUAAUCAAGUAAAGACUGAAGACGAUGUGAUGGAUUUUUUCAAGAGGAUGUUUCCAGACUCUAUACCUCUAAUAGGAGAGAAAUUUCUGAAGGAAAUCUAUAAAUCUAGUAAAGCUCUCCCAAUGGUUUCUAUAAAGUGUAGUCCAUACCAUGUCAAAGAUAAAGUGGUGAUAAUGGGGGAUGCUGCUCAUGCCAUGGUACCAUUCUAUGGACAAGGAAUGAAUUGUGGUUUUGAAGAUUGUAUUGUGCUGAAUGACAUGCUGGAUAAACACAAUGACGACUUAGAACUUGCCUUGAAAGCUUACACAGAACACAGAAACCCAGAUGCCAAAGCUAUAGUGGAUUUAGCCAUGUACAAUUAUGUAGAGAUGAGAAAAUCUGUGAAUUCUAAGAUGUUCCUGUUACGUAAGAAGAUUGAUAAUAUGCUGCAUUGGAUAUUCCCUAACUCUUGGGUUCCAUUAUAUACUAUGGUUUCAUUUUCCAGAGAAAGAUAUCACUUAUGUAUAGCCAAGAGAAAACAACAGGAUAAGGUACUCAGUUCUUUCAUACAAGUUGGUGUUGUGAGUUUAAUGGUUGGUGGUUUCCUGUUGUUUAGACGGUUGAACCAGACAACCGACAUUGUGACCCCUCUGCAAGGAAGGAUUCUGUCAUUACUGGACAGACUUCACCUGUGAUUUCAGAACUAAAUGACUCUUGCCUAAUUGUCAUGGUGAUUGUACAUUUAGAUUAAAAAUCAACAAUUAGCUACAAUGUGAAUAUAGGAAUUAUGGAAAUCAAAAAUAUAUUAUGUGAGCUGCAUUGGAAAGAAAUCUACCUUAUGCAAAUGAAUAUCAAUACAUCUGUUAACCUAUUUUGGGUUGAAAAAAUCUCUAUAGAAAGUCUGUAACUGUUUGAAAAAUGAGCUGUUAUAAGAAAAUCUACAAAACAGAAAAAUUUCAACUUUCAAUGUACAUCUAUACGUGCUUUUGCACAAGGUCGAUUUCUAUCCAACGAAGCUCAUGUGUUAAUUUGUUUUAUAAACUAUUUUCAUCCACCUGUGUUCACAGAUAAUGGUUUCUUAAAAAGAUUUGAAAGGGUUAAAAGUCACGUGGAGAUAAACAUUUUUAAAUCUAAAAAAAAAAACAACAUUAGAACUAUUUUCAUACAGACCUAAAACUAGGAUGUCUCUGAAGGGGGUUAUUUUGGGGUAAUGUCGCUCUGACUUUAAAAGUCAAAUUUUAAUCUGAAUCUCAAUUUAAUAGUCUUUCAUAAUAUUUUUUAUUUUCAGGGGGUGGGGCUUUGCUGAACCCCUCUCCCCCUUCGGCUACAGGUGUGUCAUAUGUAUCAGAUAAGUGCUACAAACAAAAGUCAGUCAAUUGGAAGAAGGACAGUAUUAUUUAUUAUAUUAAACUUUAGUCAAACAUCUUACUUUACUUUUGUAUCUUUCUAAUAACAGAUAUUAAAAAUAGCAACCAAUUUAAUUAAGAUAUAACUUUGAAGGGUAACAAUCCUUCAAAAGUCGUCUGGUCAGAACUUGGGCUUGAGCUACUUAAAGUAAUUUGGGGAAAGAAAUCUUCUCAAAAUAACCUAUGAAUAUGAGUAUUGGUUAUGUAUGAAUCACUAACAUGGAAAAAUGAGAUCCUUCAAAAUAAUGGGCUUAAGGCACCACACAGUGUAUGUUAUAGCAAUAGGAAAAAAUAUAUAUUAAAUAAUAUGCUGACCUACUUUAUAUAUUAUAGAAUAGCAGAAAAUUCUAUAAUAUGAAUUUAAAAUUUAGUAUGGUAAAAUAUAUAUUUUUUAAAACUUUACAGAGGCAAAAGUAGAAGAGUUUCGAAUUGUUAUGCAUAUUUUUGUUUUACUGUUAUAAAUUAUUAUGUAAAUUUGUCUAUGCAAUCCUUUAUGUAACUUAAAUAGCAACACACUGCCCUAAUAGUGGUGCUUUGCAUACCAAUGUACAACAUUUUUGGUUGCCUCAUCUCUACAAAAAGACACAUAGCAAAUGUUGAAAUCAACAAUGCAAUUUUAAAUGUAAUUGUAAAAAUUUUUCCACAAACAUUCCAUUAGUUUACAUACGCUGCAUGAAUUCUUAGAGAAUAAUUCCAAUGUAUUACCCUGUUUGAAACUCGUUUUGUCAAAUGUAUGGUUUUUUUUCAGUAAUUGACAUUCUCUUGUUGCAGUUAUAGUAUUUAAUUAAGCAUUUUAUGUACUGCCAUUUUUACUAUUUGAACCAAACCCCAACUACAAAGAAAUGCAAUUGACGGAAGGAAUAGGGGCUAUGUUUGCAUUUCCUGUUUUUUUUAGGACUACAUUUUUGCAGUCCCAAUAUUUGUAUUUUUGAUUGUCACUGUUAGAAUAUAAUUUGCACCACUAUAAUUGCUUGUCUUAAUAUAUGUAUAGGUUUGAUUGGUUUUUGUUUGCUUAAAUUUUUGUUGCAAAUAUUUCAUGCUUAUUCAGGAUGAAAUAAAAUGACUUUUCUUAGCCUUUAUAAAAAAAAUGGUGAAAGAUAUGGUAAAUAGGAAUCAUCACUAUUAAUUUAGCACAGUAAAUUGUUUUAGAAGUCUGUGUACAUUUAUUAGUGCCAUUGCUGAAUAAUUGACUUAAAUGACAAGAAUAUGAGACUAAUUAUCAGGAUUUCAACAAAUGGUGCAUAUACAAAUAUUGCUAUCAAAAUUUGAAUACAAACUUUCAUUUUUGCAAAAACUAUACCGUCACAUUUUCGCAAUAAUAAAAACAUCGCAAAAUUUCUAAUUUGCAGUAGUUCUUUUGAGAGUCAAAGGUUAGAGUCGAGUAAUCGUUUAUGAGCAGUAUGAAAUCAGAAGCAUAUAAGAAAAUCCAUCAUUAUAUGACAUACACUGGACACUGACAUCAAGAUAUCCUCUGACAUAUUUUGUUAGAGACAAAGGAGUGGAUCAAUAUAUGUUGUGAAAUACACACAUGUUAAAAUGCCUGUCACAAGUUAGAAAUCUAGACAGUGGUUGUCUUGUCAAAUAUGGAUGUUUUUGUCCUAUAGAUAGAUCUUUGAUAAUCUCUGCUUGUCUUCACACUGGUUGGUUUAGAGCUUUAGGACAGUUGUCUAUUGUUUGAGACCAUAUGAAUACAAGGAGGUUUGUGGUAUACAUUAAUGUGACAGCAACAAAACAACAAAAAUAACAAAGACAUCUGGAGGGCAACAUAACCUUGACCUUUUGUCUUUUUUUUUUAUGUUGAGUUGAUGAUACUAUGACUUAGACAAAUAGAGUUAUCUCCCAAGUUAAAUAUUUUAAAUUAUGUUUUAGUAGUGUAUGAAUGUCAACUGUUGAAGGAUUAUUUAUUCUAGAUCUUUAAAAUCUAUUUUACUUUAUUUUUAAGUAGGUUUGUCCACUUUUUUGUACUGUAGCUACAUUUAGAUUGUAUAUUUGUUUAAAAUAUAAUUAGAAAUUUGCAUUUUUUUCUUUAAAGUUUUCAGAAUAUUACAUAUAAGGAAUUGUUGUGUUAUUACUCACGAACAAGUCAGUAAUUGACCACCAUAUUAGGUACAAAGAAAACAGCAUUAAAAAUUAAAGAUGAUUGAUAGUAUAUUGUUAAAGAUAAAUGUCAUUUGUAAAAAAAAUAUAACCUUCGCACAUAAUCUCGAGUAUGUUAUUCAUCUGUAAACAAUUAUUUUGUUGCAUAUUUUCUCAGGUUUCUUUUGAACAUUCCAUUUGCCUUUGGACAAUUAUUAAUUAAUGCAGGUUAAAUUUAGUACAUUCUGUUUCAGUUUUAUAAAACUUCAAAAUCAAAAUCAUAUUUUUUAAGUAAUUUGUUUAUUUUGAAGUGCAUUAUUAUCUGUGUCAAAUACAAACUUUGACAAUAAAUUUUGAACUUUUUGCUCUAAUAAAUAAAAAAUAAUCCAUAAGGUCUAAUAUUGAAAAUUUAUCAACAAUGUAAAAAAAGGUAAUAUAGGGAAUGGAAUCGCAAUGACAGCACCUGUGCUUUCUUAAAAAUUCUUUACAAUAUGAUUAAAAUGUUAUUGACAUUUGAAUACUGUAAACUCAGAAAUUAUUGCGUGCAUUUUUUAUUGUGAUUUUUUAAGAAUGGACAAAAAUGUGAGUUUAGUUAUUGCGAUCAUGAAUAAAAUUUGAACAUUUGUGCUAGAACAGUGUUAAUAUUUGUUGAAAUGUCUUAGUUUAAGAUGAUGAAUUGCUAUAUUAGUUGUAUAGAAUUAUUGAAUAAAUAAACUUUGAAGUCUGA